AUGUCAUCAUCCAAUUACUCUAUAGAAUCUGAAAUGAAGAAUUUAUCUCUUCAUAACAAUAGUAGUUAUGAACUUCCUGGUUACCGUCAUGACAACGUCAAUGAUGACGACGAUCGACCCCUUUCUUAUCAUCAACAACAUGAUUUGAACUCAGCACAAUUGAUGACUCAAAAAAGACCUUUACCACCUAGUCAUCAAACUAGCAUCCCUAACGAUAUAGCUGCUAUACAAUCUCUUUAUGACACUUAUUUGCAAAAGAUUUAUUUUGAAGGACAUAUCUUAUUAAAGCAAGGCAAUGAAUGGUUUCCUUGGUAUCUUCAAUUAUCGGGUCCUACCUUGACCUUAUGGGAAGAUACAUUAACGAAAAAGGCACCUUAUGCAAGCUAUCAAAUUAUAGAUGCUGUUAUCAGAUUUUUGGGUCGUGUAGAACAAGAAGGUCAUAAUAAUGUCUUUUCGAUUAUUUUAUCCGAGCAAACCCUUUUGUUAGAUGCUCCUGAUUAUCAAACAUUAAUCUCUUGGAUAGCUGCCUUUCGAUUAUCUUGUUUUGAAUGGGCCAAAAUUCAAGAAUGUUUCACUCGUCGUCUGUUGUCAAGACCUACGUAUGGGGAUGCACUAAGUAAAUCAAAUUUAACAACUCAUCUCGAGGGUCCCUUACAGGUGCGAUUGGAUCCUUUAAGUCAUGAAUGGCGUACCUAUUGGGUAGUUGUAUCUGAUAGACCUGAGCCCAAUAACAGUGAUAAGGAAGAAAAGAAGAAAAGCAAGUUGAAACUCUUUGGAGGUUCAAAGAAGAAAAAGUCGGAAAAAAAGGAAUUAUUUGGACGUGGGCAGUUAUUGAUAUAUGAAUCCAGCGAGAAAACAAGGCAACCUAUUUUAACGCUUGUGAAUGUCGUUCAAUCGUAUAUGCUUUAUAAUCUUCAAAAUGCAAAUUUGACAGAUGUAUUUAAGGUAGAGGGUAAUAAUCUUGGUCAAAAUGGGACAAGUACUAUUUUGAUCAAAGCUGCAUCACUUCAAGAGCUUGUUCAAUGGACAGUGGCUACAUUUGAUGCCUUUAAACUGUAUGGAAGGCCUAAUCGUUUAAGUGAUGAUCCUUUUAAUAUUAAUUCUCUCAAUUUUGGUGAACAGCAAACAAAGCCCGGUACCUUAUUUUUGGAAUUAUCUGAAGUCCUUAACCAACUGAAUGUAGAUUUUGUUCAUGAUACUUUGCUGGAUACAAAGGCACAAUUUACAGGUUGUUUAUUACAUAAAGUACAACAACAACGUCAACAACACUAUUUUAAUGCUCAUCAUCAUCAUCGCCAGCAACAACAACAGCAACAGCAACAACAACAACAACAACAACAACAACAACCAAUGGGGUUAAUUCAUCAAAUUCCUACAGGUACUUCUUCUAGUACCUAUUCAUCACGUCCUCCUUCUCAAAGAACCUCUGUUCAUUCAAGUCAAUCUUCUUCUAUUAAUACACCUAUCAAUCGUCCUCAAUUACAACCACAACAGAAACGGACAAGUAAUAAUCCUAUACCAAUCACAAUAACAGCAUCCGGUCGUCAAGUCUAUGCAAGUGAUGAUAGUAGUGACGAUAAUGAAGAAGAACAAGAAAGUGAAGACGAGAGUGAUGAUGAUCAUGAUUCAGUCUUUGAGAAAUCAAAAUUGAAGGUAGAAAAGAAAACAGCCGAGAAUAUUCAGCAACAACCACCUUCAAAUGCACCUAUUCCUACUACUACAUCAAAUAAUAAAAAACAAGUUGUAAAGAAGGAAGAUAAAGAGAGUGAAGAUGAGUUUGGAUUGUUAUCAGACAGUAGCAAUGAGAAAAAACCGAGAGCGACAGAGAAUCGUAAUAGUAAUAGACCUAAACCUAGAAUGUCAAGAACUCAAGUGAGCAUAAGUGACUCGGAUUCAGAAGAAGAAGAAAUAGAGCAUGGUCGUUAUUCUGGAAAUAAUGAUGAUGUUGACUCUGAUGAUGACGUACCUAUUCAACAACACUAUCAACAGCGACAACAAGAUAGUGUUUAUUAUGAAGAUCACCCUGGAGGACUUCCAUGGGAUAGUGCAAGUAUGAUGAUGGAACAACAACAACAAUAUCAUCAUCCACAAGCUUACUAUGACCAAGGUUAUCCAGAGUAUGAUGAAAAUGGACCUAUCAUUCCUCAACUUGGAGAUCGUUUUGCAACACAAAAUAGUCUAUUAGAUACAUAUCGACUUGAGCGUGGCACUGCUCAUGAUCAAGAAGGAUAUGCUAGAGCCACAGGACAACCUCUUAUUCAAGUCCCUAACAAGCCUCCUGAACCACGUGCAGGUCUCGUUGGCAUGAUUUCUCAGAUUGAACAUGAAAAGAAGCAGAAGGAGGCUAACAAACAUUUAAUGAUGAAUAAUAGUCGUGAACGUAUGAUGAUGAUGGAAAGGGAAAAAUAUCUACUAGAGCAAAGAGCUCAACAACAACAACAACAACAAAUGAUGCCGUCUACAGCGAGUAUGAUAAACCCAAUCAUGAAUCCAAGCGUGAAUACAUUGAAUCCAAGCUUGAAUGCAUUAAAUCCAAGUAUGAAUGUGUUGAAUCCAGGCAUGAAUAUGAUGAAUCCAAUGAUGUAUUCAAAUAUGAUGCCCAUAAUGUCAAGUCAAAUGUCUAUGAUGUCAGGACAGAUGCCCAUGGUGAUGAAUCCAAUGAUGUAUCCUACCAUGAUGCAACAGUCUUAUCCAGGCAUGAUGCCAAAUAUGAUGGACCCUCGUCUCUUGCUGUUGCAACAACAACAACAACAACAACAGCAACUAUGGCAGCAACAACAAAUGUUGAAUAGUCGUUUUAACACAAGUCAACAAAGUAUAUUAGAAGAUGAAGAUGAUGAUAUUCCUCUGGGAACUAAAGAUACAAAUACUGCCAUACCCCCUACCAGACAUAAAUAA